AUGGCGUAUCGUCCUCUUGACCACGGUUACCACUACCGCGAACACGAGCACGAACAAUUCGACGCGUGCCCGCCCCUCCCACCACGACGUUAUGAACAUCCAUACACCUAUUACGACCGCCCACAUCCCUACGACGACGAAUACAAUGUGAGAACGUCGCGUGCUCGUGACUCGAAGAAGCACAGGACAAGCCCGGAUGAAAAACAUCAGAGUCGAGAACGGAAUGUGAACUUACUCGGCCGGCCAAUCCCAAGCGUCUUUGUCGAUUGUCCUGUGGUGCGAUCAAUGAACCAAAGUGCUGCGCUAUGCGAUCGUGUCGCUGUCKGGGUCAAUGAUGUGUUCUCGCGUUUGGACAGCGAUGACUAUACCUAUCAUGAUUUGCUGGAAAGGAUGAAAGACACAUCGUUGAGAGAGGGCAAAGAUGACACCAAGCGUGAAGACCAGACUCGCGGUAUCGUUGACUUUCGCAAGACGUGGUUAUAUGCCAACUCGCGGCUACCGCCUCACCUGCUCCCGGUGAAGCUCUAUAUCCCGACCUGGCAGAUUAUCUGUAUGGCUGCAGAAGCUUCGCUAGACGUGUAUCGGCGUCCGCACAAAGGCGAGAAAGAAGACUUUGUAGAGGCAGACUGGCGGCAAGGGACCAAAACCAUGGUUGUCAACAGUCGGAGGAUGGAUGAGCAGAAUGUCAUCGUGAUCGCGAUCAGAGGCAGCAAGUGGAACAUUGUCGACUGGGGGGUCAAUUUCAGGCCCGCUCCUUCUGAGCCUACCGGGUUUCUUGACGAUGCCGGGAACGCAUGUCAUGCUGGAUUCCUACAAGUCGCGCGAGCGAUGGUCGUGCCCAUUGCUGCCAGACUUCGGCAUCUGCUGGAAACAGAGCCCUCUCGGUCGCCCAGCUCGUUGCUCCUUACGGGCCACUCUGCCGGCGGCGCCGUAGCAAGUUUGCUGUACAUGCACAUGAUCUCUGUCACGUUAGAGUCUGAGCUGAACAUCCUUACCGGAUGCUUCAAGCGCAUCCACUGUUUGACCUUUGGUGCCCCUCCUGUAACGUUCCUCCCUCUCCAGCAUCCCGUUUGGAGCAAGAACAUCUUCUUGGCUUUUGCCAACGAGGGCGACUGCGUCGUCCGAGCGAACAAGGCAUACAUCAGCACUCUUGUCAAAAUCAUAGCUGCACCUUCACCUCUUGCAAUGUCUCGCAGUGGAGAUGGGAAGCAGGGAAAGCAGGGAAAGCAAGGGCUGAGGCAACGCAUUUCUCGGUCAGCGCUCAGUACUGCUGUUUCCACCGACGCAAAGUACAAGCCAAUUUGGUGGGAGAUACCUCCGGCAACGCUCUCGAACGCUGGGCGCAUCGUUCUACUACGAGAAAAGCCCAUGGACCGACACGAGAUCGAAGCCGUGCAGGUGACCGAUGAAGAACUUCGCGAUGUCAUCUUCGGAGACCCAGCGAUGCACUCUAUGGAGCUCUACAAGUCAAGGAUUGAUCGUCUUGCGGUCGCUGCUGUCACUGGGAGGCCAGCCGGAUGA